GCCGUCGCGGCCGGGAGUGGUGCUGCCAGGACGGGGGCCCCCGGGGGUCAGUGGGGCGGAGGACUCAGGAGCUGACAGCACGCACUUCAUCCGCUGUUGCAACAGCGAAGAUAGGUCGUUGAGCUGGAACCCCAGAGAUCACCAAUAAAAAUGAAGGCAGCAGAUGAGCCUGCCUACCUGACAGUGGGAACUGAUGUCAGUGCCAAGUACCGAGGUGCCUUCUGUGAGGCCAAGAUUAAGACUGUGAAAAGGCUGGUGAAAGUUAAGGUACUCCUAAAACAGGAUAAUACUACACAAUUGGUGCAAGAUGACCAAGUAAAGGGUCCUUUAAGAGUUGGGGCUAUUGUUGAAACAAGGACCUCUGAUGGAUCUUUUCAGGAAGCUAUUAUCAGCAAGUUGACAGAUGCUAGUUGGUAUACCGUGGUGUUUGAUGAUGGUGAUGAGAGAACACUGAGACGUACCUCGCUUUGCCUGAAAGGGGAGAGACAUUUUGCAGAGAGUGAGACACUUGACCAGCUUCCAUUAACAAAUCCAGAGCAUUUUGGAACUCCAGUAAUUGCAAAGAAGACAAACAGAGGAAGGAGGUCUUCUCUUCCUGUUACCGAAGAUGAAAAGGAAGAAGAAAGUAGUGAAGAGGAAGAUGAAGACAAGCGACGCCUCAAUGAUGAAUUAUUAGGAAAAGUUGUAAGCGUGGUAUCUACAACUGAGAGGAAUGAAUGGUAUCCUGCUUUGGUGGUAUCUCCCAGCUGUAAUGAUGAUAUCACAGUGAAAAAGGAUCAGUGUUUAGUUCGGUCAUUUAUAGAUUCUAAAUUUUACUCUAUAGCAAGAAAGGACAUUAAGGAAGUAGACAUUCUUAAUCUACCAGAAGCUGAGCUUUCCACUAAACCAGGGAUUCAGAAAGCAAGUAUCUUCUUAAGAACUAGAGUCGUUCCUGAUAAUUGGAAAAUGGAUAUAAGUGAAAUCCUUGAGUCAUCCAGUAGUGAUGAUGAAGGUGGCCCGGCUGAAGAAAAUGAUGAAGAGAAGGAAAAGGAGGCCAAAAAGGCAGAAGAAGAGGUGCCUGAGGAAGAACUUGAUCCUGAAGAGAGGGACAACUUCCUCCAACAGCUUUAUAAGUUUAUGGAAGACAGAGGCACUCCAAUCAACAAACCACCUGUUUUGGGCUAUAAAGAUCUCAAUCUCUUCAAACUCUUCAGACUGGUUUAUCAUCAGGGUGGAUGUGACAAUAUUGAUAGUGGUGCUGUAUGGAAGCAAAUUUAUAUGGACCUUGGCAUUCCUAUUUUGAAUUCAGCUGCUUCCUACAAUGUAAAAACUGCUUAUAGAAAGUAUCUUUAUGGUUUUGAAGAGUAUUGCCGUUCUGCAAAUAUUCAAUUCAGAACUAUUCACCACCAUGAACCAAAAGUAAAAGAGGAAAAAAAAGACUUAGAAGAAUCAAUGGAAGAGGCCCUAAAAGCAGAUCAAGAAAUGCCUUUAAUAGAAGUUAAGAGCGAACCUGAGGAAAAUAUUGAUUCAAACAGUGAAAGUGAAAGAGAAGAGAUAGAAUUAAAAUCUCCGAGGGGACGAAGGAGAAUUGCUCGAGAUGCAAAUUCUAUUAAAAAGGAAAUUGAGGAAGAGAAAAUAGAAGACAAAUUAAAAGAUAAUGAUACAGAAAAUAAGGAUGUAGAUGAUGACUACGAAACUGCAGAGAAAAAAGAAAAUGAGCUACUACUGGGGAAAAAAAAUACACCAAAGCAAAAAGAGAAGAAAAUUAAAAAGCAGGAGGAUUCUGACAAAGACUCAGAUGAAGAGGAAGAGAAAAACCAAGAGAGGGAAGAAACUGAAAGCAAAUGUGACUCUGAAGGGGAGGAAGAUGAGGAAGACAUGGAACCCUGCCUAACAGGAACCAAAGUGAAAGUAAAAUAUGGACGAGGGAAAACACAGAAAAUUUAUGAAGCUAGUAUUAAAAGCACUGAAAUUGAUGAUGGAGAAGUUUUGUACUUGGUACAUUACUAUGGAUGGAAUGUCAGGUAUGAUGAAUGGGUGAAAGCUGACAGGAUAAUCUGGCCUUUGGACAAAGGUGGACCAAAGAAAAAACAGAAGAAAAGAGCUAAAAAUAAAGAAGAUAGUGAAAAGGACGAAAAGAGGGAUGAAGAGAGGCAGAAGUCAAAGCGGGGACGACCUCCUUUAAAAUCGACCCUUUCAUCAAACAUGCCAUAUGGUUUAUCUAAAACAGCAAACAGUGAAGGAAAAUCAGACUCUUGUUCAUCUGAUAGUGAAACUGAAGACCCUUUAGAAAAGAAUUUGAUAAAUGAAGAACUUUCCCCUGAUAUUAAAGAAGAACUAGACAAAAAUGAAAAUUUAAGUGAUGAUAAACUAGAUGAAGAAAAUCCAAAGAUUACUGCACAUAUGCUAAAAGAAAACAAUAGGACUCAAAUGCAGCCUUUAGAAACCCUGAAGUUAGAAGUUGGAGAAAAUGAACAAAUAGUACAGAUUUUUGGAAACAAAGUGGAACAAGUAGAAGAAGUUAGGAAAGAGGCAGAAAAAUCUCCUAAAGGAAAGGGAAGACGAAGCAAGACAAAAGAUCUUUCUUUAGAAAUUAUAAAGAUUUCAUCGUUUAGCCAGAGUGAAGCAGGAAGUGAACCUCAUAUGGAAGCUCACAGUCUUGAAUUUUCUUCAUUAGACAAUAAAAACUUUUCUUCUGCUACUGAAGAUGAAAUCGAUCAAUGUACAAAAGAAAAAAAAUUGAAACGGAAAAUAUUAGGACAAUCAUCACCAGAGAAAAAAAUAAGAAUUGAGAAUGGAAUGGAAAUGACAAAUAGUGUAUCUCAAGAAAGGACCAGUGAUUGUAUUGGAUCUGAGGGAACAAAAAUCUUAAAUUUUGAACAGCACUUUGAACCAGAAAAUGAGGGAAUGCCAUCAUUGGUAGCAGAGUCAAACCAAUGCAUUCAACAAUUGACCAGUGAAAAAUUUGAUAGUCCAGCUGAAGAAACUGUAAAUACUCCACUAAAAGAAGAAGAGGAUGCAAUGCCUCUGAUUGGGCCUGAAACCUUAGUUUGCCAUGAAGUUGAUUUGGAUGAUUUGGAUGAAAAGGAUAAGACCAGUAUUGAAGAUGUAGUAGUUGAAAGCUCUGAGUCUAACUCUCUUGUUUCUGUUCCACCUGCCCUACCUCCUGUAGUCCAGCAUAACUUUUCAGUAGCUUCACCACUUACUCUCAGUCAAGAUGAGUCUCGAAGUGUAAAAAGUGAGAGUGACAUAACGAUUGAAGUUGACAGUAUUGCUGAAGAAUCUCAAGAAGGUCCCUGCGAGAGGGAAUCAGCAAAUGGCUUUGAAGCCAGUGUUGCCGCUGGUAACUGUAGCAUAAUUAUACAAGAACGAGAGAGCAGGGAGAAGGGUCAGAAAAGGCCAAGUGAUGGAAAUGGCGGAUUAUUGGCAAAAAAGCAAAAGCGUACCCCAAAGCGAACAAGUGCUGCAGCCAAAAAUGAAAAGAAUGGAACAGGACAAAGCAGUGAUAGUGAAGAUCUUCCUGUCCUAGACAAUUCAAGUAAAUGUACCCCAGUAAAGCAUCUUAGUGUAUCCAAGCCUCAGAAACUUACACGAUCUCCUGCAAGAAUAUCCCCUCACAUCAAAGAUGGAGAGAAAGAUAAACACAGAGAAAAACAUCCGAACUCUUCCCCUAGGACAUAUAAAUGGAGCUUUCAACUCAAUGAAUUAGAUAAUAUGAACAGUACAGAGAGAAUCUCAUUUCUUCAAGAAAAACUACAGGAAAUCAGAAAAUAUUACAUGUCUUUGAAGUCUGAAGUUGCAACCAUAGACAGGAGGAGAAAGAGAUUAAAAAAGAAAGACAGAGAAGUGUCUCAUGCGGGAGCCUCCAUGUCAUCUGCUUCAUCGGACACUGGAAUGAGUCCCUCAUCAUCAUCUCCCCCACAAAAUGUACUUGCUGUAGAAUGCAGGUGAUAAACAUUUUCUCUGCCUUCCCAGCAGUUUGCUGCCAUGGACAUAAAUCCCAAAACCCUAAAAUACAACCACAGAAAGCACUCAACUGGUUUGACAUUGCUAAGUAUAUCCUGUAUACUUUUCCAGGCUGGAUUGUAUCUAUUCCCUUCUCUCUUCUUUUUUCUUGUUGCAAAAAAAUAAGCUGAUUAAUAAGUGAAGGUGAGGCAGCCUGCCAUAUUUGUCAUAAUUUUUCCUCUU